AUGCCCGGUCCGCUCCCGUCGCCGUUCCCGCCGGGAGCGCUGAUACCCUCCGCGUCCGCCGCGAGCCUGGCGUCGCCGUCCUCCUCCACGCCGUCUGCCAUGGCUGCGAUGAGCAUGUCCGGCCUGGGCCACGGGCACGGCGGGUCCGUUGGCGCGUCUCUGGCGUCGCUGGGAGUGUCGGGGAGUCAUGGCGACGCGGCGGCAGCGGCGGGAGCGGGGAUGGCGGGAUUGGCGGGGAUGGCGGGGGUGGGGGGGAUGGCGGGGAUGGGGGGAAUGGCGGGGAUGGCGGGGAUGACGGGGAUGACGGGGAUGACGGGGAUGGCGGGAAUGACGGCUAUGGCGGGGAUGGCGGGGACGAGUGGGUGGAUGCACCACGGCAUGCAUCCGCCGGGAGCCGUUUCGCUUGCUGCCAGAGGCGGCGGCGCUGCGAGCAUGGGGGCCAUGGCGGAAGGGCUGAUGGCAGGGGCGUCGCAAAUGGGGGGCGGCACCAGUGCGGCGGGGACCAUGUGGAUGGCGCAAGCUCAGGUGCGCUUCCCCGUGCAUGCUCAUUUUCACUAUUCUGCUUCCGCGCGCACGCAGCUUUCCCCCAUGCUCAUUCCGCGCGCACUCUGCUUCCCACUGCGCGCAUUCCGCGCGCACUCUGCUUCCCACUGCGCGCAUUCCGCGCGCACUCUGCUUCCCACUGCGCGCAUUCCGCGCGCACUCUGCUUCCCACUGUGUUCAUUCCGCGCGCACUCUGCUUCCCACUGCGCGCAUUCCGCGCGCACUCUGCUUCCCACUGCGCGCAUUUCGCGCGCACGCACCGCCCCCCCAUCUCAGUGGUUUCAUCAGCCCCUGCCUACCUCGCCGCUUCUUGAUUGCCUUCCCUCCGUGGUCUCGAUUCUGCGCUGCUUCCUUUCCGAGCUGUUUCCGCCGCCAUCGUUCGCGAAUUUAGCGUCUCAUAUUGUAGCCCCUAUUUCACCCUGCUCUGUCCCCUCCCGUGCGUCAACCAAGCAGCGACAACAGUCGACGGGGAACGCCAGCGAGCAGAGAGUUCGAGCCACGCCGGAUUUCGCGGAGGUGUAUCGGUUCAUAGGGCUCGUGUUCGACCCGUCCACGUCGGGCCACCUCGCGCACCUCAAGGCCAUGGCACCCAUCGACCGCGAAACCGUGCUCCUGCUCAUGCGAAACCUCUCCAUGAACCUCGCCAACCCCGAGUUCCAGCAACAUGAUGCGUUCAUGCAACUCAUGAGAGGCACGGGCGGCAACGAUGCCGUGGCACCACCAGCGGUAGCACCAGCCGCAGCCGCAGCCGCAGCAGCAGACGCAGAAGCAGCAGGCGCUAAGGCAGAAGGAGCAGCAGCAGAUGCGACCGGAAGGGCCGCAGCAGGAAGCCGGGAGGCGGACAAGCCAUCUUCAGAAAUCGCCAAGUCUGAAGGAGGGGCAGAUGUUACUGCACAAGGGAUACGAGAGCCUGAGGAACAGGCAAGUAGGCAGACGCAGGCUCAGGCGCAAAGACCGGGGAGUGAUGAGGGUAGUGUGAAGGCGGAGGAAGGCAGAACGGAGGCGGGCAGGGCAGAGGGGAGUAGGGAGGGUGUAGGUGCUGCAGGUGCUGUUCGAGGGAGUGCAGAGGAGCGAGCAGCAGAGGGGGAUGGUGCAGUGGGAAUGGAGGUGGAAGAGGGAGAGGCAAGGCCUUCAGGUGAUGGACAAGAACGGGUUGACGGAGUCAAUGGGUUGACUGGUGUGACAGAGGCGCAGCAGUCGCAUGACGCGCGGGCCGACCCAGCCCGUCCAGCCUUUGCCUCAAUGCCUCGCUCCCAGUCGUCCCCUGCACCGACCACUGCCACUGGCCUGCACUCCGCCACUCACUCCGCCCACCUCCACCACCCCCACCAGGCACUGCUCACAUCCAUGCGCGGAGGCGCCAGCAGCAUGGGCGGGGACGUGCCCCGCGGGGAUGUGCUUCGCACCUAUACAGGGGACGUGCCCCGCACCCUAGGAGGAGACCUAUCCAGCAGCAUGCGGGGCCAUGUGCCCCGCGGGGUGGGGGUGGGAGGGGAUAUGGCCCUUGGGAACGUACCUCUGGGCGGCGGGGAUGUGGAGGAGCUCUUUAUGAUGUCCCACAUGAUGUCCGCCUGGCCUGGCUUCUCUGGGUCCGGAUUAUCUGGGUUUGAUCUGCCUGAGGAUGCCAAGGCGGGUGCGCUUUCUCUCCCUGCGACUCUCCCUGCUGGGCUUGCUGGUGCUGGUGCUGGUGCUGGUGCUGGUACAUGGCCUAUGAACGGCACAGCUGGCCUGAGCGGCCUAGGCAGGAUGACUGAGUUGACCGAUUUGACCGGGCUGAACGGCAUGGCUGGGUUAAACGCCUUUGGUGCCUGGCCUGGUAUGGCAGGCAUGGCCGGAGCAGCUGUAGGCUCGGCAGGAGGCGCGGUAUCCGAGGCAGGAGCUGAGGCAGCAGGUUCGGCAGCGAGGUCGGCGAAUGGGUUAAGGGCAGGCGUGGGUGGUGGUGCAGGGAAGGGAGUGGGUGCGAGCACAGAUGCAGAGGUGCUGGCGCGGACAGCAGCUGUUGCAGCACGAGCAGCAGGGACAUGCAGCAACAGUGGUGCUAGUGCUGCUAGUGGCGUCAGUGCUGGUGGCGGUGGUGCUGCUGGGAGUGGUGCUGGUGGUGCUGCUGGUGGUGCGGUUGGGGGUGGUGGUGGUGGUGGUGGUGGUGGUGGUGGGGUGAGCAACGGAGGGGGUCAAGCUGCCAUGUGGGCUGGUAGGAUGGCACGGGGGGGUGGCAUGGCUGUUGGCAUGGCAGGGGGCGGCAUGGGAGGCGGAGGCAUGGGAGGUGGGGGCAUGGGACCUGUGAUGAGAGGCUUGCCUGGAGGCGGUGUGAUGGCGCGGCCAGGUGGCAUGGUCAUGAUGGGUGGUCAUGAACUGGGGCAAGGCAUGGCCAGUGGUAUGGGCGGUGGCAUGUUGGGUGCAGGCAUGGGGGGUGCAGGGAUGGGGGGUAUGGGAAUGGGAGCAGGCAUGGGAGGAAGUAUAGCUACUGCAGGCUUGGGAGUGCAUGCGCGGCCAGGUAUGGGUCUAGGUCCGGGAUCUGCAGGCAUGGGUCUACGUCCGGGAGGUGCAGGUGUGGUGAUGGGGGCUACAGGUAUGGGAGCUGCAGGUAUGGGGAGUGCAGGUCUGGCUGCUGCAGGCAUGGGGAAUUACAGUGCCAGUGCAAUGGACAUGGAAGGCAUGAUGGAUCUUCCCAUGCCCAUGGGCAUGAGUGGGGCUUCUUCAGAGCAUUUUUACGUGCCAGGAAUGCUGCCUGGAAUGUUGAAGUUUUCGGGGUCGUCUGGUGCAGUGAUUCAAGGGGCAGGAACUGGUGGUGUUGGUGCGCCGUCUGUUCAGUUUGGAGGACUUACAAAUGGAAUUGCGUCAAGAAGAUGA